UAAGGAGAUGUCCAACAUUGUGACCCAGAUCCUGAGCAACUACCCUGGCAAGAACAGCACCACCGAGCAGGCCUGGGAUUACAUACAGAGGACGAUGGAGUGUUGUGGAUGGAGUGGUCGUAUGGACUGGCAUGGUAAUGCUGUCGUAGUGAACAGUUCCCAGCUGUUGUUCCCGUGUUCCUGUCAGAACGUGUCUCUGGUUGAGGGUAACUCCUCCUCCGACAGUGGUUUCUGUGAGGCGCAGUCAAUUGAUUGGCCCGUCUACGACAGGGGCUGUAACUCCAGUGUAGAGAGCUGGCUGUUUGCCAACGUUGGAGUGAUCCUGGGGGUCUGCCUGGGAGUGGCUGUCAUCGAGCUCCUGGGUAUGAUCCUGUCCAUAGGGCUGUGUAAGAGCGUACACACUGAGGAUUACACCAAAGUGCCAAAGUACUGAAGAUGAUGACGGGGGACGCUAUGACACACACGCACGCACGCACACACACACACACACCCGCACGCGCGCACACACGCACACACGCACAC